GUCACGUGGCGGCCAGCAGGUGCCGCGGCAGCUGGCUCGGUUCUGCCGCUCUCUGUGCAGCCUCGCUGGGCCGGCCGGCGCUGCGGCUGCGGCGGCAGGUUCACCCCUCCCCCCGCAGAUAAGCGCGGUCUCAGCGGGCGGUGGCGUCUCCUGCGGGCGACAGGGCCAUGCAGCCGCCGCGACGGGGCCUGCUCUGGGCUCUGGGGCUGCUGGUCCUGCAUGAGGCAGCCAGCGGCCCCCCCAACUUCGUGCUGCUCCUGGCCGACGACCUGGGCUUUGGGGACCUGGGGAGCUAUGGGCACCCCUCCUCUGCCACGCCCAACCUGGACCUCAUGGCCUCCCGUGGACUGCGGUUCACUGACUUCUACAGCAGCUCUGCGGUGUGCAGCCCCUCGCGGGCAGCCCUGCUGACAGGCCGGUUCCAGGUGCGCUCUGGGGUUUACCCUGGUGUGUUUAACCCUGACUCCCGGGGAGGCCUGCCACUGUCUGAGAUCACCAUUGCGGAGGUGCUGAAGGCUGAGGGCUAUGCCACAGCCAUGGUUGGCAAGUGGCAUCUGGGGCUGGGAAUUAAUGGCUCCUUCUUGCCCACCAACCAGGGCUUUGACCACUUCUUGGGGGUGCCCUACUCACAUGACCAGGGCCCCUGCCAGAAUCUCACCUGCUUUCCGCCUGACAUCAAGUGUUUUGGAACUUGUGACCAGGGCUUAGUGCCAGUGCCACUCCUCUGGAACCAGAGCAUUGUGCAGCAGCCAAUUUCCUUCCCUGAUCUAGUGCCACUCUACAACAAAUUCUCCCGGGACUUCAUCACUGACUGUGCCCAGCGAGGCCUCCCCUUCCUGCUCUACUAUGCCUCCCACCAUACACACUACCCCCAGUUUGCAAGCCAGGAGUACACAGGGCAGUCACAGCGGGGGCCCUUUGGUGAUGCUCUCUUGGAAUUUGAUGGCUCAGUGGGACAGUUGCUGCAGGCCUUGCAGGACAAUGGUCUUACGGACAGGACCCUGGUGUUUUUCACCUCUGACAAUGGCCCUUCCACUUUGCGGAUGGCACGUGGGGGCAGCUCUGGCCUUCUGAGGUGUGGGAAGGGAACAACAUAUGAAGGUGGCAUGCGGGAACCAGCAGUAGCUUAUUGGCCAGGCCACAUCAUUCCAGGAGUGACCCAUGAGCUGGCAAGCACCCUGGACAUCCUGCCAACACUGACUGCUCUGGCUGGAGUGGCUCUUCCCAGCAUUGCCCUGGACGGCUAUGACUUGAGUCCUGUGCUGUUUGGAUCGGGGAAGAGUCCCCGUCAGAUGAUGUUCUAUUAUCCACCAACCCCUGAUCAACUGCACGGCCCCUUUGCUGUCAGGCUUGGGAAGUACAAGGCUCAUUACUUCACACAAGGUUCCUUUCACAGUGAUACCACCCCUGACCAGGCCUGCCAUGGGCUGACCCCACUUACUCCCCACGUGCCCCCGCUACUCUUUGAUCUGGAGUCGGACCCUGCAGAGCACUAUGACUUGGUGCAGAGUGGUGCAGGGCCGGAAGUUCUGCAAGUGCUGAAGGAGAUCAAACUGCAAAAGGUGCUUUUUGAACAGCGUAUGGAGUUUGGAGAAAGCCAGAUGAGGAAAGGCAGAGAUCCUGCCCUGCAGCCCUGCUGCAACCCAGACUGCACCCCCAAGCCAUCCUGCUGCCAUUGCUCCUAGCCUUCUGCUGCCCCAGUUGCUUCACACUCCCACCCUAUCCCAGACCUAUCUACCAGCGCCCUGUACUAACUGAGUUCAGCCAUAGAGCUGCCUGGAGCUUUGGCUCAGUGACACCCCUGACAAUGGGGUACUGGUCUGGCAAGCUGUGAGUUGGGGAGGGUAUCAACCCUCCUAGAGGGAGGUCAUUAGACACACUGCACUCCACACUGCACUGCCAGGCUGAGGUCUCUUUACAGAAAUACUGACUUGUUCAGGGAGGGACCAUAAUACAGCCUCAUCUCCAGACUCAGCACAGCUUCAUUCAAACCAUGAUAAAGAUGAAACAAAGGGUAUGCCAUGGUAUCCUCAGAUCCCAACUUGCUGGAGGUGUGCUAUGUCACCCUGAACGGGAACAGACAUGGGAGCUACAGUAAAACUAUCUGACAAGG